CACCUUUUCCGGUGCGGGCUCGCGGUUUCCGGCAGGGGGUCGGGCUGCGGGCGGCGGUCCGGCAGCCGCUGGGCCCGGGGGGCGCCCAAGAUGGCGGCGGGCGGCACGGAGGGUGGCUCGGGCCCCGGCGCCGCCAUGGGGGACUGCGCGGAGAUUAAGUCUCAGUUCCGCACCCGCGAGGGUUUCUACAAGCUGCUCCCGGGCGACGGCGCCGCUCGCAGGUCUGGUCCGGCUUCCGCUCAGACCCCGGUGCCGCCCCAGCCGCCGCAGCCCCCGCCCGGCCCUGCCUCCGCCUCCGGCCCGGGCGCUGCAGGCCCCGCGUCGUCCCCGCCGCCCGUAGGCCCCGGGCCCGGGCCCGCGCUUCCCGCCGUGCGCCUCAGCCUCGUGCGCCUCGGAGAGCCGGACAGCGCCGGGGCCGGGGAGCCACCCGCCACGCCCGCGGGGCUGGGCUCUGGGGGAGACCGCGUCUGCUUCAACUUGGGCCGUGAGCUCUAUUUCUACCCGGGCUGCUGCCGCCGCGGGAGCCAGCGGUCCAUUGAUCUCAACAAGCCAAUUGACAAGCGGAUCUACAAGGGCACCCAGCCCACCUGCCACGACUUCAACCAGUUCACUGCUGCCACGGAGACCAUCUCCCUGCUGGUGGGCUUCUCAGCCGGCCAGGUGCAGUACUUGGAUCUCAUCAAAAAGGACACCAGCAAGUUAUUCAAUGAGGAGCGGCUGAUCGACAAGACCAAGGUGACGUAUCUGAAGUGGCUGCCUGAGUCGGAGAGCCUGUUCCUGGCAUCACAUGCCAGUGGCCACCUGUACCUGUACAAUGUCAGCCACCCCUGCGCCUCAGCCCCACCCCAGUACAGCCUGCUGAAGCAGGGCGAGGGCUUCUCCGUCUACGCUGCGAAGAGCAAGGCACCCCGCAAUCCACUGGCCAAGUGGGCAGUGGGCGAGGGUCCCCUCAACGAGUUCGCCUUCUCGCCCGACGGCCGGCACCUGGCCUGUGUGAGCCAGGAUGGCUGCCUGCGUGUCUUCCACUUCGACUCCAUGCUCCUGCGUGGGCUCAUGAAGAGCUACUUUGGGGGCCUGCUGUGUGUGUGCUGGAGCCCUGAUGGCCGCUAUGUGGUGACAGGUGGCGAAGAUGACCUGGUCACCGUGUGGUCCUUCACCGAGGGCCGUGUAGUGGCUCGAGGCCAUGGCCACAAGUCCUGGGUCAACGCCGUGGCCUUCGACCCUUACACCACCCGUGCAGAGGAGGCAGCAACAGCAGCCGGUGCCGACGGAGAGCGGAGCGGUGAGGAAGAGGAGGAGGAGCCCGAGGCUGCAGGCACAGGCUCGGCCGGGGGCGCCCCACUCUCCCCGCUGCCCAAGGCUGGCUCCAUCACCUACCGCUUCGGCUCGGCAGGCCAGGACACACAGUUCUGCCUGUGGGACCUCACUGAAGACGUGCUGUACCCGCACCCGCCCCUGGCCCGCACCCGUACCCUCCCUGGCACGCCUGGCACCACACCGCCAGCUGCCAGCAGCUCAAGGGGUGGUGAGCCUGGCCCAGGCCCUCUGCCCCGCUCGCUCUCCCGCUCCAACAGCCUCCCGCACCCAGCAGGCGGGGGCAAGGCGGGUGGCCCGGGCGUGGCGGCAGAGCCUGGCACACCGUUCAGCAUUGGCCGCUUCGCCACACUCACACUGCAGGAGCGGCGGGACCGGGGGGCCGAGAAGGAGCACAAGCGCUACCACAGCCUGGGUAACAUCAGCCGGGGUGGCAGUGGUGGCGGCGGCAGUAGUGGGGAAAAGCCCAGUGGCCCUAUCCCCCGCAGCCGCCUGGACCCCGCCAAGGUGCUGGGCACCGCCCUGUGCCCGCGCAUCCACGAGGUACCACUGCUGGAGCCCCUCGUGUGCAAGAAGAUUGCCCAGGAGCGGCUCACGGUCCUACUGUUCCUGGAGGACUGCAUCAUCACCGCCUGCCAGGAGGGCCUCAUCUGCACCUGGGCCCGGCCGGGCAAGGCGUUCACAGACGAGGAGACCGAGGCCCAGACAGGGGAAGGAAGUUGGCCCAGGUCACCCAGCAAGUCAGUGGUAGAGGGCAUCUCCUCCCAACCAGGCAACUCCCCGAGCGGCACUGUGGUGUGAAGCCACGGACAUUGGGGCCCCCACCCCACGCCCCCAGCCUCCUAGCCAUAACCCUUCCCGCUGACCUCAUGGAUCAACGUAUUAACAAGACUAACCAUGACGGAUGGACUGCUCCGGUCCCCCAACCUGCACAAAAUUUGGGGGCUCCCCAGACUGGCCCAGACAUUGGGGGGAUGUCACGGUCCUUGUGGCCUCAGCCUUGUCCUCCACCCACUGCCAAGUACAAUGACCUCUUCCUCUGAAACAUCAGUGUUACCCUCGUCCCCGUCCCCAGCAUGUGACUGGUCACUCCUGGGGAGAGACUCCCCGCCCUCCCACAAGAGCCCCAGGUAUUUGGUGUGCCCCUCAGUCGAGUGUGCAGGGCCGGGGGUGGUCCAGCCCUUGCCCGGCCCCCACCCCAGCCACCCUUGCUAUUGUCUGUGCUUUUGAAGAAUGUUAAAUUAUGGAAGCCCCUCAGGUUCCUCCCUGUCCCCAAGGACCUCUUAUUUAUACUAAAAUUCCCUGUUUUCUCA